AUCUACCGAGACAACAAAAAAGGGGAAAAGAGAAAAAAAUAUAGUUUUUGUCAGUGAAAAAUAUGGACGAAUCUUUGAGAAACGCGUCUGAAGAUGAACAAGAGAAUACGAGCUCUGACAUAACAAAAGUAGGGCGUAAUCGUCAUUCUCCCUAUCAAAUAACUAGACUGGAAGAAAUAUUCACAAAACUCACACAUCCGGAUGACAAGCAAAGAUGUGAAAUAGGCAAAGAGCUCGGGCUUGAAACAAAACAAGUGAAGUUUUGGUUUCAAAACAAAAGAACGCAACAAAAGGUCCAAAACGAGAAAGCAGAUACCGUUGCACUUCGCGCGGAGAAUGAAAAGAUUUCCAAUGAGAACAAGCAAAUGAGGGAGCAAUUGAAGACUAUGCUUUGUAGCUCAUGUGAUGGUAAAAACAAUCAUGCUGAUCAUGAAAUUGCUAUGCAACAACUUCGCCUUGAAAAUGCUCGUCUCAAACAAGAGCAUGAGAGGAUAUCAAAAUUGAUUGCAAGGAACAUGGAGAAUGAUGAAAAACCAUCACUUGGAGAUAAUGUGAGAUUAGGGGUUGGUUCAAGUUCAAGAGUUCCUUUAGUUUCAGGCAGAAGAUCAGAAAUAGAAAAGGCUAUGAUGUUGGAGACUGGAAUUGCUGCUAAGGAAGAGUUGCUUAAGCUUUUGUGCCCCAAUAUGCCCUUUUGGGUCAAGUCUCAAGUUGAUCAAAGACUUGUUCUUCACCAACAAAACUAUGAAAGUGUCUUUCCUAAAGUUAAUCAUUUCAAUGGUGCCAAAGCUCGUGUUGAAUCAUCGAAAGAUGCACGAAUAGUGAAAAUUCAAGCAAUGCAAUUGGUUGACAUGUUUCUGGAUUCGGAAAAAUGGGCAAAUCUUUUCCCAACUAUUGUUACAAAAGCGCAAACAAUUGAAGUGCUUGAAAGAGGUUCCACAGAAAGUCGAAGUGGAGCUAUGCUAUUGAUGUAUGAAGAGAUGCACGUUCUUUCACCUUUGGUGGCAUUUCGGGAAUUUCGCUUCCUUCGCUAUUGUGUACAACUUGAUCCUAGUACUUGGGUGAUAGCUAAUGUAUCAUAUGAUUUCUUGAAAGAGAAUGAAUCUCAUUCUUCCAUUUGGAUGUUUCCUUCUGGAUGCAUAAUUCAUCAAGUUUCUAGUGAUUCUUCACAGGUUUCAUGGGUUGAACAUGUGGAAGUAGUUGACAAAAUUCGAGCACACCCUCUCUAUAGAGAUCUUGUCCAGAGCAAUGUUGCAUUUGGAGCAGAAAGAUGGGUCUUGGAACUUCAAAGAAUGUGUGAAAGAAUUUUCACUUUUGAAACUAAACACCUAUCUGUUUAUGAUUGUGGAGUGGUAACAUUACCUGAAGCGAAGAGAAGCAUUAUGCAACUUUCUAAUAGAAUGGUUAAGGACUUGUGUGGGGUUUUAAGCAUGUUAACAAAGCCAGAAUUUCCAGAAAACUUCAUUGAUGCUGAUUAUAAUGGGAUUAGACUCUCUGUUAGAAAAAAUGGUGGCUUAAACGAACCAAGCAACGUGUCCAUCGUUGUUGGUGCUAGCUCUGCGCCAUUUCCUCUCCCAUCUAAGAUUCUUUUUGAUUUCUUAAAAGAUCCUUCAAGACGCUUUGAGUGGGAUGUUAUUUGUCAUGGAGAUCCAUGGCACAAGGUUGCACACAUCUCAACUGGGAAUCAUUUCAGCAACUAUAUAUCAAUUAUUCAGCCAAUGGAAGCUCCUCCCCCGGAAGGUGUGGUGAUAAUUCAAGAAUGUUUCAUAAAUCCAUUAGGAUCAUAUGUUGUGUAUUCUCCUGUGAACAUACCAGAGUUAAACAUUGCCUUCAAUGGUCAAGAUUCAUCAACAGUGUCACUUCUUUCAUCAGGCUUUGUCAUUACUGAAGACAGUCAUUCUCUUUUCAAUGCUCGAAUUAGUAAUAGAAAUGGUGGAACAAGUGCAAAACCAAGAGGUUCUUUGUUGACAGUGGCUUUUCAAAUAUUGAUGUCUAAUGCAGAAGUAGUGAAUUUGGAACAUGCUGCAGCUGCUGUUAACUCACUCAUCAAUACAACUGUUGAUAACAUAAGGGAUGCUCUGUUCAAAAUCUAGGAAGUUUUUUUAUCACCAUCACAUUAAUAAUUUCUGUCUUUGUUUUAUCUAGUUUGUAUUAUUUUAAUUUACUUGACAUUCUUCUUGUUGCUUGUGGUGGUACUUUGUGACAAAUCUUGGGUUAAUUACAAAUGCUCUUUUCUUUAGCUUGAACUUAUAGGUGCUAUUAUGAAAAAAAAUAUGACAUUUGACAUAAUCUUUGGUUUCAAAGUUAUUAUUAUGUUGUCAUAUUUGUCUUUGGGAAUGACACUUUGGUUUA